CUAAUGUGCGACAGAUAUUUGGAGUUGGUUUCGACUGCUCUGUUACCACGUAGGGGAGGACGAAGAAACCGAAACUUACCGACGCCUAAAGUCAGCUGAAUCGAAACACACAACGGACAUACGCUGAUAUACCCGGAGAAGGAAGAUGGAAGUGGGGACGGGAGCAGUACUGUGAGCUUUGUGUGCUCUCGCCGGGAUUUUAUUACAUUUGCCGAGUCAUUAAUGAUGGCAACUAAAAACUACGUAGCUGAACUAAACGAGUAUGCGCAGAGAAAUCGCUUGAAGCUGAAGUAUGAGUACCUUGGCUCUGACGGCCCAGACCAUAAUAAAGUAUUUAGCCAGAAGGCGAUCAUAGAUGGUAAAGACUACCCCAAAGGUGUGGGGAAGACCAAAAAAGAUGCAAAGGUUAAAGCAGCUGAAAAUGCUCUGAGGUGCCUGCUGGAUGGUAAAUGUCAGGACUUGACAGAAAAUGCAGCAGAAGCUUCUACAUCAGCUGAGACAGAUAUCAACUUCAUAUGCUGGCUCAAUGAAUAUGGCCAGAGAAACAGGUUGACUAUAAAGCCUAUGGAGACAACAAGACCUGGACCAAAUAAUGCUAUCCCGUGGUGUAGCUUCAUGGUUGGUGAGAAGGAGUACCCAGCAGUCUCUGGGAAAACAGCAAGAGAAGCUAAGGAGGAAGCAGCCAAGCUUGUAUAUGACAUAAUAAAUGGCAACAAAACUACAGAUACUGCAGAUGAGAAUCACAGCGAUGGAUCAGGUCAACAAAGUGAGGACUGGAGUGAGAAUGUUUUUGAUCUGUGUACUACAACAAAAAACCUGACCGUGAACUCUAAAGACCCCAGCUCAGUGGAGACAAAUUACAUAGGACUUGUCAAUGACUACUGUCAGAGAGAAAACUGCUCCUAUACAUUUGUUGAUGAGAAAAUAUGUGGCACACCUGAUAAACGUCAAUUUUUCUACAAAUUACGGAUUAACAACACGCAAUAUCCUGUGGGGAAGGGGAAGAGUAUCAAAGAAGCCAAACAAAGUGCAGCGCGACUGGCCUGGUUUGUUCUUCAGGAGCAGUCAAGCAAGGAGGAUGCCAAAGACAAGAACGUGGGAAAUGGCCAGAACGAGAUGCCAACUGUAUCACGGUUUACUUCAGAAUUUGAACCCUUGGAGCAUCUUGGUAAGGGGGCCUUUGGUUCUGUUUACAAAGUAAAAGAUAAACAGUUGAAGAUAGAAUAUGCUGUGAAGAUCGGCUGCUAUAAAGAAAAAUCUCUUCGAGAGGUGAGAACAUUAUCAGACCUCUUCCACCGUAACAUUGUUAGAUAUUACACGUUCUGGAUGCAGGAUACUGGAUACGAGUGGGACCUUAGAGACAGUUAUGACAGUUACGCUUCUUCACACACUGCAGAUAACCCCGAGACAAAGUUCCUGUAUAUUCAGAUGGAGUUAUGUGCCAAAAACACACUGAGAGACUGGAUUGAUGAGAAGAAUAAAGAGAGUGUGCAAAACUUGAAGCGAAGAGAAGAAAGUCUGAGAAUUGCUCAAGAAAUAGUUUGUGGAGUCGAGUAUAUUCACUCCAGGAACCACAUCCACAGAGACCUUAAGCCUGCAAACAUCAUGUUUGGAGUGGAAGGAGAAGUGAAGAUUGGGGACUUUGGUCUGGUCACCAGUGAUGAUGAUGAUGAAGAGAGAACAGUGUGCAAAGGAACUCCUUCUUACAUGGCUCCUGAACAAAGGAGUGAGAGGAAGUACGACAGAAAAGUGGACAUGUUUGCUUUGGGGCUGAUAUUCUUUGAACUCCUUUGGAAACUUUCUACUGGCUCAGAAAGAGCAAAGAUUUGGCCUGACGUCAGAAGGCAGAGGUUCCCUGAAGAGUUUUCAGUGACUUUUACCAAAGAGAAGCAAAUUAUUAACUCAUUGCUGUCUGAGAAACCAGAAGACCGACCUGAUGCCAGUGCCGUGAAGGCAGAGCUUGAAGAGUGGACUCAGAUAUUCAACUCACACAAAGCAUCUCACCAGGAAAAUCAAACUGUCUGAUAGUCACAAGAGAAAAGUUUCAAAAGUCACAGGAACCUUUGCAAAUCUGUCUUGUUGCAUCUGCUUAAUGAAAUGAUUUGAUGUACUGUGUAAUAUUAUGUUGGGUAACUGUUAACGUGCAAAGUUAAUAUAUGGAAGAGGUCACAUCAUGAAUCCCGGCUAUUUCAGGGAAGUUUGUAUUGGAUUUGGAAAUGAAACAUGAUAUCAUGAUUUUAAAUCAGUUUCCCGGUAUAGGUCGUCACUUUGUAACUGUUGUUAAUCUGCUGCUGUCCUGAGGAGGAGUAACUGUGAUGCUACAUGUACUUCUGGUGGAUUCAUGUUGAAUGUCAGAGAUAAAAA